UGUGUCUGUGUGUGUGUGUGUGUGUAUAAGUGUGUGUAUGUGUGUGUGUGCGUGUAUUUAGAUGGUGGAAGAGGCGAAGACCUAACGUUGGAGUGUGGAGCGGCUCUCCGAGCAGAGCGGCCGGACGGACAGUUGGACUGUUGUUCUGCCUCCAGGGAACCUGAACCGAGGAAGAGCUGCGGACGAAGAAAAGCCCGAGGAGGAGAGAAAACUUCCCCUCGCUUCUCCCAUUCCGCUCCUCGGACAGAUGAGCUUGCUGGCUGACCACUGGACCAUGUAAGGCUGCUGAAGAGUGGAGUGUCAGUGGGUCUUUUCCGAGUGAGUGAGCGUGUGGAGGAGGAGUGUCCAGGAGGAGGAGUGGAGAGGAGGAAUGGGCGUGGGGAAGAACACCUCCUGCAAAUCCAUGGACUCCACCGCAGAGCCAGGCAAAUAUGAGGAGGGGAACAAGCACAGCGCCAACUUCUACCCCAUUCCCGUGGUGGUUAACGGGGGGGCUCCAGCUCCUGGAGAUCAGGACACAGAGGACACGGAGCUCAUGGCCAUCUACACUAAAGAGCGCCAGGCCACAGAUAAGUGGUCAGGACCCCCAUGGACCCUCACAGAGCAGUGCUCCUUGUCGGACACAGUGGACAGUACAGAGAGCUCAGAUGCCCGCAGAAUGGACAUGAUCUACACCAUAGAAGACACUCCGCCCUGGUAUCUGUGUGUGUUCCUGGGAUUACAGCACUACCUGACUUGCUUCAGCGGGACCAUCGCUGUGCCCUUCCUGUUGGCUGAGGCCAUGUGUGUGGGAUUUGACCAGUGGGCGACGAGCCAGCUUAUCGGCACCAUCUUCUUCUGUGUGGGCAUCACCACCCUGCUGCAGACCACCAUCGGCUGCCGGCUUCCGCUGUUCCAGGCCAGUGCUUUUGCAUUCCUCGCACCAGCCAGAGCCAUCCUCUCCCUGGAGAAAUGGAAGUGCAAUGCAACAGAUGUUCCAGUUGUGAACAGCACUGAGCUCCUGCACACAGAGCACAUCUGGCACCCCAGGAUACGAGAGAUUCAGGGGGCUAUAAUCGUGUCCUCUCUGGUGGAGGUGUGUAUAGGGGCUCUGGGUCUGCCAGGUGUUCUGCUGAAGUAUAUUGGGCCCCUCACCAUCACCCCGACUGUGGCUCUCAUCGGCCUCUCUGGCUUCCAGGCCGCAGGAGAGAGGGCAGGAAAACACUGGGGCAUUGCUAUGCUGACGAUCUUCCUGGUGCUGCUGUUUUCUCAGUACGCUCGUAACGUACAGCUGCCGUUCCCCAUCUACAAAGCCAAGAAAGGCUGGACCUCCUACCGCCUGCAGCUUUUCAAGAUGUUUCCUAUCAUCAUGGCGAUCCUGGUUUCUUGGCUUUUGUGCUUUAUCUUCACUGUGACGGAUGUGUUCCCUCCUGAAAGGGGGAAAUAUGGCUUCUAUGCUCGAACAGAUGCCCGGCAGGGUAUCCUAGCAGCUGCCCCCUGGUUUAAAGUACCUUACCCCUUUCAAUGGGGGUUGCCGACGGUAACCGCAGCAGGGGUAAUAGGGAUGAUGAGUGCGGUGGUUGCCAGCAUCAUCGAGUCUAUUGGAGAUUAUUACGCCUGCGCACGUCUGUCUGCUGCCCCCCCGCCUCCUGUACACGCUAUUAACAGAGGGAUUUUUGUAGAGGGUCUGUCCUGCGUGCUGGACGGUUUGUUCGGCACAGGAAACGGCUCCACGUCUUCCAGCCCCAACAUCGGGGUGCUGGGUAUCACUAAGGUGGGCAGUAGGCGGGUGAUUCAGUACGGUGCGGUGCUGAUGCUGCUGUUGGGCACUGUGGGGAAGUUCAGUGCGCUCUUCGCCUCUCUUCCGGACCCCGUGCUGGGGGCGCUGUUCUGCACGCUCUUCGGGAUGAUCACGGCCGUAGGUUUGUCCAACCUGCAGUUCGUCGACCUCAACUCGUCUCGCAACCUAUUCGUUCUCGGGUUCUCCAUAUUCUUCGGCCUGGUCCUGCCCAGCUAUCUCCGGGGAAACCCGCUCGUCACUGGAAUAGUGGAGAUUGAUCAGGUGCUGAACGUCCUGCUGACCACAGCCAUGUUCGUGGGAGGUUCUGUGGCGUUUAUUCUGGAUAACACUAUUCCCGGCACUCCAGAGGAGAGGGGAAUCCGUAAGCUGAAGCGUGGGACUGGUCCCAGUGCGUCUGAGCUGGAGGGGAUGCGAUCCUAUGACCUCCCGUUUGGCAUGGACUUCCUCCGGCGCCACCACAUCUUCCAGCACCUGCCGAUCAGCCCCACCUUCACCGGCUACAAGUUCAGCCUGCUGGGCAGAGCCUGCCAAGAGCGGAGCAGCAGGAGGGAGGAGGGCGGGGCCUCCAAGUUAGAGACAGGGGAAAGCAGGGUGUAGAGCUGGAGGGGUCAGAGUGGUGGUCGUAUAAGUCCAGUUGUGACCUCAUACAUGUGUUUUCGUGCGUUGGCUGCUCUACUUUACCUACAUCUACUCUUCAAAAGUUUGGAAUCACUUACCAUACAAAACAAUACAGUACUAAUUUAUAGAAUCUAAUAUUUUAAAAUACAUUAAGUGUUAUUAAACAAAUAUACUGUAAUUGUCUGUUUAUUGAUUUUUGGCCACAUUGUCUGCCUCAAGAUGCGAUCACGUCUGACGAAUGAGGCAUUCUGUUUUUAUUCUGUUCAGUCAUCCAGUCAUUUUAGAACCACUCUAAGCUCUGUGUUCAUUAUUUAACUGGACACCACUGCAAUUAAAUCUUAAAGGGAAAUUCCAACCUUUUUUUUUUUUUUUCCCAAAUUUUCUGUUUAGCUUUGAGGUGCAAAGUCCUUCAGAGUAAUUUGAUGCAAAAUAGUUAAUUCCGGAGAAAUUUAUGCACUUACCAUAUAUAGCCUGCAUGAACAUAUAAAAUAUGUUUAGGCAUAAAAGUUUUCUAAAAAUUGUACAACAAUGUCCCAGGCUUUGUUUAUAAUCAUUUAAUGUGUGGACUUUCUGUGAGAGCUUUUUUAGGCCUUGGCACUCUUCAGGCGUCUGGUUCCCAUCGCCACCAAAGUGAACACUUCUCGGUCUGCAAGUUUCUCUAUAACUGAGCGUUUCACACCAAACCACUCUGAAUGACUUUGUUUAUAUCAUAACCAUUUAAUUAUGCAGAAAUUUAGAAACAUCGGUGGAGUUGCCCUCUACUUUUGAAAGCUAUGCAGUUGAACAAAACUUGCAUGUUAGAAUCGUUUUAGACACUGAACUGAUUUCAUUUUAUUGACCAGUUUGAUUCCAAACUUUUGAACCGUAGCGAAGUUCAACCUUUUAGCGAUUAUCAAUCUUUCUAUUCAUGUUACGGCACUAAGAACACAAAUGUGCUUCGCAUGGGGUCCAAGAGUGGGAUCGAGAACCGAUGGGUUAAGGCGGGAAGCAGGAAACGGAUCCAGUGCAACGCUGCCUUCCAGGCACCUGGUUGGGUACUGGGUGGGCUCUGUUUGUUUACCUUAGUCAGCAGCUCUGAAGAAUCUGUUUUUGACUGGACAUUAAGAGGCAUUCCGCCAGGUGGCUAAGAUGUUACCAUGGUAACGGUGGUGUAAUGCAGGUUGCACUGGUGGCUUUUCUCUGCGGAUGGGCAGGCAGACAGAGACUGAGACAUGGAAACUUGCACUCUUGCCAAAACUUAAAAAAAAAAAAAAGAUCCUUCAGAGAUCAGUGUUCCCUUUUGUUUUAGCAAACCUGCACUG